GAAAUGCCACAGGACCCAUAAAAGCCAUAAUGCUAGCUGGCCUCAAAAUGUCCUUCCUAUUAAACUAUUUUGAAUGAUUCCUAGGUGUGCCAGAUGCCAAGGAAUCUUUUCUUGGCCAGCCGGGGAACUUCUCAUGUCUUUGGAAGAAAUUAUCUUUUACUAGAUGCUUCUGAGAAAAGUGAUUUGCUAAAAGUUUUGGUUAUUUUAAAUCAAUAUGUACUCAACUAGGACGUCUCCUCACCCACGUUAAUUUUUUAAAGAGAAGGAAAGUAGAAGAUGAGCACUUCAUGUGAGGCUCUGCCAGCCUACGAGGAAAUGCAAUCCUCCAGGCUCGCCCGAGCGUGGGCUGCGGCAGAGAGGACCCUGGCGCCUCUGUCUUGCUUUAUUCCACGGCGGUGCAGCAGAGGGCGCGUGGCUCUCAGCGCUCAGUGCAGCGCGCUCCCCGCGCCUGAAGGAUCGUAUCCCUAUUUGCCCCAAGGUCAUAGCUCCGAACUAGCUUGCCAGCCCCAGGCCGGGGAACCCAGAAAGGGUGCCCUUCGGGCUGGAGACCCCGGCGCAGGUGGGGCGGGAGGGCUCCGGGGCCAGGAGACAGAUCACAAUGGGGACAGGGGAUGAUAGGCGCCAGGGGCCCGGGGCCCGAGCCGUCCCCGCCGCCGCCCGAGAGGGGGAUGGGGUGCGCGUAGACGCUCCGCGGCCCCAGUCGGACGGAGGAGCCCAGGAGCCACCGCAGCCACCGCAGCCGCCGCGCGCCUAAACCGAGAGCGCCGAAUCUCGCUGCCAGCUCAGGACACCCGGGCCGCGGGCCGAGGGGAACCGGGCAGCGGGAGAGGAGCCCCGGAGCCCAGCCGAGCGCCGGCCGAGAGGGCGUUUUCCCCGCCCCCGGCGCCCGGCCCGCCCCGAGCGCCGGGAGAUCACCUCCGCCCGUCACCUCCUCCCCUGUCGCCCAGGUCCACCCGGGCCCCCUCCCCCGGGCCGCCCCCGAGCACGAAGUUGGCGGGAGCCUAUAAAAGCCGGUGCCGGCGCGACCCGCGGACACACAGUGCAGGCGCCCGAGCCGCCGCCGCUAGACCGGUGCCGAUUCCUGCCCUGCCCCGACCGCCGGCGCGACCAUGUCCCAUCACUGGGGGUACGGCAAGCACAACGGACCUGAACACUGGCAUAAGGAUUUCCCCAUUGCCAAAGGAGAGCGCCAGUCCCCUGUUGACAUCGACACUCAUACAGCCAAGUAUGACCCUUCCCUGAAGCCUCUGUCUGUUUCCUAUGACCAAGCAACUUCCUGGAGGAUCCUCAACAAUGGUCAUUCUUUCAACGUGGAGUUUGAUGACUCUCAGGACAAAGCAGUUCUCAAGGGAGGACCCCUGGAUGGCACUUACAGAUUGAUUCAGUUUCACUUUCACUGGGGUUCAACUGAUGGGCAAGGUUCUGAGCAUACUGUGGAUAAAAAGAAAUAUGCUGCUGAGCUUCACUUGGUUCACUGGAACACCAAAUACGGGGAUUUUGGGAAAGCUGCGCAGCAACCUGAUGGACUGGCCGUUCUAGGUAUUUUUUUGAAGGUUGGCAGUGCUAAACCGGGCCUUCAAAAAGUUGUUGAUGUGCUGGAUUCCAUUAAAACCAAGGGCAAGAGUGCUGACUUCACUAACUUCGAUCCUCGUGGCCUCCUUCCUGAAAGCUUGGAUUACUGGACCUACCCAGGCUCACUGACCACCCCUCCUCUUCUGGAAAGUGUGACCUGGAUUGUGCUCAAGGAACCCAUCAGUGUCAGCAGCGAGCAGAUAUUGAAAUUCCGUAAACUUAACUUCAGUGGGGAGGGUGAACCUGAAGAACUGAUGGUGGACAACUGGCGCCCGGCUCAGCCAUUGAAGAACAGACAAAUCAAGGCUUCCUUCAAAUAAGAUGGUCCCGUAGCCUGUAUCCAAAUAAUAAAUCUUCGGGUGUUUCCCUUUAGCUAAGCACAGAUCUACCUUGCUGAUUUGGACCCUGGUUGCUUUGUGUCUGGUUUUCUAGAAUUUUCAUCUCUCAUCUGAUAGGCUUACUAAUAAAAUGUGAAGAGCUAGACCAAUUGUCAUGCUUGACACAACUGCUGUGGCUGGUUGGUGCUUUGUUUAAGGUAGCAGUCUUUCUGUAACAGAAUACAGGGUAUGGAAUAGGAAUAAAGUACCUUGACUUUGUUCACAGCAUGUAGGGUAAUGAGCAUUCACAAUUGUUCGCUCACAUACUACUUUUAAAACAUAGGAAAGUAGAAUGAUUGAGUGCAAAUCCAUAGCAUAAGAAAUUGAGCUAGUUAAGGCAAAUCAGGUAAAAUAGUCAUGAUUCUAUGUAAUAUAAACCAGAAAAAAUAAAUGUUCAUGAUUCCAAGAUGUUAUAUUAAAGAAAAACUUUAAAAAUUAUUAUGUAUUUAUAGCAAAGUUAUCUUAAAUAUGAAUUAUGUUGUAAUUUAGUGACUUUUGAACUACAGAGAUGUAAAUGAAAUAUUAUCUGUAAAAAUUGUUAUAGAGUUGUGAUACAGAGUAUAUUUCCAUUCAGAUAAUAUAUCAUAACAAUAAAUAUUGUAUUUUAGAUAUAUUCUCUAAUAAAAUUCAGAAUUCGA